CUCAAAAAACACAAAAAUAAUAAUAAUAAUAACAACCUUCUCCAAAGAAGAGCAACCACCCCAAACAUUCUCCGGUAACUCUCUCCGGUGACGUUUUUGUGCCGGACGAGAGAUCACGGCCAAGGAGUUGAUUAGACGUUAAGGAAACAAGCCCGAGCCACGAGAGCUCGAGUACGGUUCAAUUCGAGCUCUAUUUCUAUAGCUUGAUCUCCGCUUCUACCAUGGCUGUUGAAGCUCAAAGAAAGGAGGAUAUAAUGGGUGAAUUUGAAAAAGUUCCUUCAAAUAUUUUAGUACAUGGAGAAAAAGAUGAAGAAGUUCAAGAAGAUGACUACUACAGUUACUCUGAUUCUGUUGAUGAAAUGCGUUCCGAAAAUAGCUGGUCUGAUUCAUCCCCUCAGUUUCAGGAUAUUCCUGCUCCCAAGUUCUCACUUGCUGUUGAUUUUUUGAAAAGAUUGCAUGGUUUAGUAGCGCAGAAAAAGGGUGGUGCAGCCUUGGAGGAUAUUGAGUGGCAAGAUAGUUUCUUAAGCAACAAUGACUUAUCAUUUCCAAAUGAUCCAACGGGCGAACUGCCAAAUAGUUGGGGAGCUGCAGAGGCCAUGACGUUUCAAAUUCGUGGUGCCACUUAUUUGAAAGACCGUAAGAAGGUCAAGGUAAAAGACACAUUGAUGCAACUUGUUGCCGCAAACAUGCUGAGAUCAACGAAUAAACAAGACGAUUUCGCUGGCCGGCCUGGCAGCAUUUGUCAGAAAUUUGCUGCUGCCAACCAGCCGGAUUUCUUUUUCAUUGUAAAUAUGCAGAUCCCGGGUCCAACAACAAAUUUUCACAUUGCUUUCUAUUAUUCAACAACUACUCCCAUCAAAGAUGUGCCAUUGCUAGAGAACUUUGUAGAAGGUGAUGAUGCAUACAGGAAUGCAAGGUUUAAGCUCAUACCUCAUGUAUCUAAGGGUCCAUGGAUUGUAAAGUCAAGCGUUGGAAAUAGACCCUGCCUGCUUGGGCAAGUCCUAAAAAUUCAAUACGUUCGUGGAAAGAACUACUUAGAGCUGGAUGUAGAUGUUGGUUCAUCUGUGAUUGCAAAGAAGGUGGCCAACAGAGUUGUGAGUAGCUUCAACCAUUUGAUAGUUGAAGCAGCAUUUCUAAUACAGGGAAAUACACCAGAAGAACUACCAGAACAUCUCCUUGGGACAUGUCGUAUGAGCCAUAUCGAUACCUCAAAAGUGGCUUGUACGUAGUCGAUUGUUGUGUGAAACAUGUUAAUACCUAUAUUAUUACACAAUUAGCUAUAUAAUUUUACUUGUUUUGAUGAUGCUUAGAGGCUAAACUGAUAAGAGAAUUUACUCAAAAGUGAUGCAGUCUUGUUCUUUGCAUCGCUUUUCGGUUACUCCUUAUGGUUCAUCCCAAUGGUGAUUAAUAAAUCAUGUCUAUAUUUUUUUUUUUUGUUAA